AUUAAAAUAAUUUUUGACACCUAGAUGUAAUGUCAGUUUUAAACCUCGCGCGUGUAAUUUUCGAUAAAUAGUUUUUUUUUACAAAAUUUACAUUGAAAUAUGCCGAAAUACUACAGAUUUAGGGCGACCUCGCCCACUCGUAAAACAAAGCGAUGUAGAGAUAAGGAGAAGGAGAAGGAAGUUGAAAAAGCCAAGCUUGACGCAGAGUUAAACUGGAUGGAUUUGACUCUGGCGUGCUCUCCAGCGCCGACUUGGUAUCUUCGGCGCACCGCUUGGCGCGAAAGUCCACCUCUCAUGGGCGUGCCGCGUCAGUUGGCAGCAGGUCUCAGAGCCUCAGUGCAGCUCAGCAACCGGCCUAUAUUCGUCUUCAAGAUCCCUACAGUACGCUCUCAAGAUUGGAUGCGUUUGUUAUAGAUUGUGUUGCCGUAAAAAAAUGUUUCUUGAGUAAUUUUGUCUGGUAAUUGAUGUAAUUUUUUCGGUGCGAUUUAUUGAACCAUGUUUUUAUUGGUAAUAGAAAUUAACGAGUAUAUUUUUGUUCA